CAGAAGUUCCACAUCACGAAGAACUUGACGCUGGAGCCAGCGCUGCAGAGGCAGAAGCAGACAGUGAUAUAUCGGCGACACACAGUAAUAUAGCCGUCCUGACGCGCAAACAACCGACCCGCAAUGUCUUUCAAACUCUUUCAUCGCGGAUUAGCGGUAAAACAUCUGUUUUACUAGUAACAAAAGACGCUCUCUGUUCGUGUUUGAGCACCGCAGGCGCAAACAGAGGCGCACUUUCGAGACUUGCUUGUGUCCUCUUAGACUUUUGGACAGUCGCUGAAAAAUUAUUGUCGUUUCUGAUGAGCUUUCUCCCCUUCGAGACGAGUAAGUAAUUAACCGCUGCUGGAUGAACACGACCACGGAGUCUGGCAUUGGGGGGGCGGGUGCAAGACUUCAAGGAUGUAGUUUGUGAGGACCUGAGAGGAGCAUCCGGAUCUGAAGAAUAAACUUCGUAAGGCAACUUUGCUUACUUUCUACACCGCGAAAACGCAUCGAGCCAUGGGUUGAAAGAAACGUUGUGCUCGGUGGGGAUCUUCAGUGUGGGAGGGAGAACCAUCUUCUGAGUUAUGUAAUGAUUGACUCUGCCUGAUCAUUACUGAUAGAUCUGAAUCAGAGAGGCCACAGUGCGUGUGUGUAUGGAUUCAUUUAAAUCUUAGACAUCCUUCAAAGUACUUUGAGAUACCUCCUUCGUAGAAUUGCAUUUGAUUAUUUUCUUCAGUGAUGGCCUGCACUAGUACAGCAUUCCAUGCUGAUUUGGCAUGCUCCUGGCUGCAAGAAAUUAGACGAUCUACUGUUUCUUCAGCUCACUUAUCGGCGUUGUACCUUCUCCUCCGCAUGGCAACAUCUCAAAGGGCUUGUAAGAUGCUCUAAGGUUUACGUUUGCCCUCACAUUCGACACUAUGUAGUCAUCCUGACAUAUUACUUUGCUGUCAUUGCUUCUUUCUGAACACCUGACGCUAAAAGUUCAUCUAAUCCAGAGCCUCCGUUGGUCCCUCCCUCCCCCCCACUCAUUAGGGCUGGUGGGGGGGGUGGAUCGCGACCCCUUGGGGUUGAAGCCGCGGUGGAUACUUCCACCGCCAAAGGCAAGGCUUCCGCCAUGGAGGCCGGCCCGGAGAGCCCCAACCGGGCUGUGGAGUACCUCUUGGAACUCAAUAACAUAAUUGAGAGCCAGGCCAAGCUCCUGGAGACCCAACGGCGACGCAUCGAUGAGCUGGAAGGCCAGCUAGACCGGGUCAAACAGGAGAACCAUGGUCUGAGGCAGGAUAGCAGCCCUCGCACGGACACCCUGGAACAGAACCACAAUCACAACCAGCCUCUGUCGCUUCCCAUCCAUCAUGACGGGGACGGCGGCACCUCCUCAGCUCAGACCAAAACAGGAUCCGCCACAACACCUGCAGGGUCCAGGGAGAGAAGGACCCACACCAGGCUGACCCGUGGCCUUUCCUGUGGCUCAUCCACCGCUGAGAGAGACCGCCUUGAACGCACCGACAGCACAGACACCAACACCAGCUCCACCAUUCGCAGAAAUGUGGAAGUGGAGUCCCAGUGUCCGGGGGAGUCUGGCACCCACAGAGACACUUCUUUCAGCCAGGCACCUUACCUGCGAAGCUCCAAGCGCUACAUUGACAGCAGCGGUGGUAUUAUCUCCUCAAGCUCCAGGAGCCCUUCAUAUGUGGCUGCCUCCAGUUCAGCCAGCCUGGCCUGGGCGUUACGAACACGACACCAGCCUGCCAGCCUAGCCCUUCGCAAGCAGGAAGAGGAGGAAAACAAGAAGUGCAAAGCACUUUCAGACAGUUACGAACUCUCAACUGACCUUCAGGAUAAAAAGGUGGAAAUGCUGGAAAGAAAGUAUGGGGGUUCCUUUGUGAGUCGCAGGGCAGCCAGGACCAUUCAGACGGCCUUUCGGCAGUAUCGCAUGAACAAGAACUUUGAGCGCCUCCGAAGCUCGGCCUCUGAGAGUCGGAUGACACGUCGCAUCAUUCUGUCAAACAUGAGGCUUCAGUAUUCCUUUGACGAGCGCCAGCCUCAGCAGCAGGCCCACACGCAGACCAAUUUCACUCACAGUGUGGCAAUAGGACCUCCUCAUUCCCCCGACCCUGACCGCCCGGGAGACUACACACACUUGGAGGACUCCUUCUCCAAACAGGUUAAGUCCUUAGCUGACUCCAUAGACGAUGCCCUGACCUGCCGUGGGGGUCGCAAUGACUCUCAGGAGGAUAGCAGAGAUGGUGGUGGUCUCAGUGAAGAUUUUGGGGAAUGUGUGUGGAGCAGCAGCAGCAAUCCCUCCUCUCAAAGAGGCCUUGGUGAAAGAGCCAGAGGAGUAGGAGGAGGGCUCAGCAUGCAUGGAGACAGUACAGCUACCUCGUAUAGUGAUGUCACGCUUUACAUGGAUGACGGCAUGCCAUCCUCCCCACUCUCUCCGGACCGGGCUCCCAGCAGCACAGACACUGAGUACUGGGGACCUGGUGGUGGCGUCGGAGUGCGUGAAGACAGCAGGGACACAGAGGGAGGGGGCAGUAGUAACAGCCGACGCAGUACACCUUGCACAGAGUGCAGAGACUAUCGUCUGAGGGGCGCACAUUUGCCUCUCCUCACUAUUGAGCCACCGAGUGACAGCUCAGUGGACAUGAGUGACCGUUCAGACCGUGGCUCUCUAACCAGACAAAUGGUUUAUGAGCAGGAUCCGGCAGUGGGGGCUGGCUCUCCUCAGGGAACCCUCAAACACACCCCCAACACAGGUGCCCGCUCACCCUCAACAGCAGCCGCCCAGGGUCAGAUCAGAGCGCCUGGACGAGCCAUCCCCACACACAUUCCUCACCAGGUGGCCUCACACCACCACCACCACCACCAUCAUCACCCCAUACAUCACCAUCAGUACCCUGACACACCUUCAUCCUCUUCAUCACCCCAGCAGCCACCCACGACCCCUCUGUCAUCAUCGUCCUCCACAGCUCUGCCUACUGGAGGGCUGGAGCAGCCAUGUUGCUCAGAUGGAGACAACGAUUCUCUCAACUCCACCACCAACUCCAAUGAGACGGUCAACUGCAGCUCUGGUUCCUCAUCUCAGGACAGUCUGCAGGAACCUCUGCCCCCUCUAGGCAAGCAGACCUAUCAGAGGGAAAGCCGCCACAGCUGGGAUUCUCCCCCCUUCAACAGUGACGUAGUGCAGAGACGUCAGUACCGCAUAGGUCUCAACCUUUUCAACAAGAAGCCAGAAAAAGGGAUCCAGUACUUGAUUGAGAGAGGCUUUGUGUCCGACACUCCUGUUGGGAUCGCUCGAUUUAUCCUGGAGAGGAAAGGUCUGAGCAGGCAGAUGAUUGGAGAGUUCCUGGGAAACCGUCAGAAGCAAUUCAACAAAGAUGUUUUGGACUGUGUGGUUGAUGAGAUGGACUUCUCAGGAAUGGACCUGGAUGACGCUCUGAGGAAGUUCCAGGCUCAAAUCAGAGUUCAGGGAGAAGCACAAAAAGUGGAGCGACUCAUCGAGGCCUUUAGUCAGAGAUACUGUGUGUGUAAUCCUGUCCUGGUUCGGCAGUUCCAAAACCCCGACACAAUCUUUAUCUUGGCCUUCGCCAUAAUCCUCCUCAACACAGACAUGUACAGCCCCAACGUCAAAGCAGAGAGGAAGAUGAAACUUGAGGAUUUUAUCAAGAAUUUAAGAGGCGUUGAUAAUGGUCAGGAUAUUCCUAGAGACCUGCUUGUAGGAAUCUACCAGCGCAUACAGAAAUGGGAACUACGAACCAAUGACGACCAUGUGUCCCAAGUGCAGGCAGUGGAGAGAGUCAUUGUGGGCAAGAAGCCUGUGCUGUCUCUUUCCCACCGUAGGCUGGUGUGUUGUUGCCAGCUGUAUGAGGUGCCUGACCCUAACAGACCUCAGAGAACGGGUGUGCAUCAGCGGGAGGUCUUUCUCUUUAACGACCUUCUUGUGGUAACCAAAAUCUUUCAGAAGAAGAAAACCUCAGUGACUUACAGUUUUAGACAAUCUUUCCCUCUGGUUGAGAUGCAAGUGCACAUGUUCCAGAACUCAUACUAUCCUCAUGGUAUCCGCCUGACCUCAGCUGUCCUGGGUGGGGAAAGAAAAGUUCUUAUCGUCUUUAUGGCCCCCAGUCAGCAAGACCGCACCCGUUUUGUUAGUGACCUCAGGGAGAGUGUUGCUGAAGUGCAGGAGAUGGAGAAAUAUAGAGUUGAAUCCGAGUUGGAGAAGCAAAAAGGUGUGAUGCGUCCCAGCUUGCUCACUGGAGUUGUGGUCGGUGGAGGAGCUGGUAUGAAGAGUGAUGUUGUGAAUGGUGUGUUAGGAAGGACAAGUUUUGAUGACAACUGCGAAGGUCUCAAACGCUCCGCACUCAGCUCAUCUCUCAGGGACCUCUCGGAAGCAGGGAAGCGUGGUCGCAGCAACAGUGUUGGUUCUCUGGACAGUACCAUGGAAGGGUCCAUCAUUAGCAGUCCACAGCCUCACCAGCGCUAUCCAGUUCCAGGUGUUGUUCCUAGCCACUACGGAACAGAAGACUUCCGGCCUCAUCGCCCUAUCCUGAGCCCCGGAACAGGGAUGGGGGGUGGGCCGGGGCAGCAACAUACCACUGCUGGGACCGCAGUUGGGGGCGUCCCCAGCAGUGUGGAGAGAGCAGGAGUGGGCAGCGGCCCUGGGGGGAGCAGCAACAACAGCGGUUCCUUCCUGGGCUCACUAUUCGGCAGCAAGCGCGCCAAACCACCAGGGCCCCUUAUUCCACCGGGGCCACCCUACCCCGCACCUGUGCCCCCACCAACGACGGGAGGGCCCCCUCCUCACUCCCCUUCAUCCCUGUGCCAACAGUUGGAGGGGGGGCCUUCCAAGAUCCAGGCCCUGCACGCGCAGUACUGUCACGCGGCUACCGUGCAGCCCCCACCACCGUACUACCACCACCAUCGCUACCACAUGCAAAAUGUCCCUCCACCUUUGCAAGGAGUUCCCCCUCAUACUACACAGAGAGGCCCGCAACCCUGUCGUCCAGUCCUUGGCCCUUUACACGUUGCGCACCCGCAGCUGGCCCAUCUCUCCCAGCUCUCACAGCAUGGGCUUCCGGGUCGCUACACCAACAUGGUGGUGGGAUGCCCCCCCCUUUCUCCUCUCUCCCAGCAUUCGCCGAACCCGCAGUUUGCCCUGUACCACGUUCAGCCCACACACUCUAUCAGAGGGGGAAGCAGCUCUGUUACCAAACCUCCCCUAACCUUGUCUCACUCGCAUCCACACCCCCACGCCCACUCCCAAACGCACCCCGGGCACGUGCUCACACCACACCCAGCCAGCCACUCCACCCAUCAAACACACUUCAUAUUCGGCACUCUGCCCCACAAUCUACCGUCCGCUACCGUCAAUGCGCAUCACACAGCCUCCGCCGGCCCGUAUCUGCCCCAGUACCCUCCUCUUUCUUCGAUCCCCCCUCCCCCACCACACUCCCCUUUACCCCCCCCUUCAUCCCCCCUUACCCCUCUUACACCUCUCUCCCCUCACCCCCCCCAGCACCCCGGGCAGCCUCAGCAGGGGCCACAGGUGACAGGGGCCGGAUCGACGGGUACAGGGGGCAGCUCCAAAUCCAAGGCUAUCAACCGGAUAAGCACCGUAGUGUGAGCAGGAUGUGGGCGGCCCGCAGCCAUAGGUCAGAUGAUAGAGUGCAAGAGGUCAGCAGAGCCAGAGCAAGGACGAGGUCGGCCAGGACAGAAAGUAACAGUAGCAGCGCAGUCGACAAGAGGAAACGCAGUCUGCUGCGUCUCUGUUACUUUCACCUCCGUUUCCCACAUAUGUAAACUGGGAGUUGGCAAAAUGACAUAAACUGCAUACACAAUCAGAAAUUUCUAUAGCCAUAUAAUUUAUGACGAAAAAGUCUAUUUCUUGGCACUGCAUCUGUUUUAACUCUUAGAAAUAUAUAGUUUAAGAAACUAUUUAUAUGUAUAUAGAAAAGACAACCAUACUGUACAUCGAGCUGCUUACAAUGAGUAUCGGCGCAAAGAAUAUGUCUCCAUAAAUAGGGUUCUGCAAAGUUUAAUAUUAUAAACAGCCACAUCGCAAAAACUGUCACUUGCCUCUGCAAUAAUUUCCUUAGCCUCAUGAUGUCCUCAUUCACUGCAGGGUCUACUUGGCAAAUACUAUUGUUUUAUUUCUGAAGAUGACCUCAGAGUUAGUUGCCGUGUCUUUUGUUUUUGUUUUCGGCUUAAUGGUCUUUUACAUGUGAACAGGAGCCAUCUGGCUUUGUAAUGCAUUCUUACAAGAAGUUUGGGACAUAAAACGCAUAUCAACAAUCUAUUGUGAAUGUUUUUGAAGCUUCUUGCUGUUUUGCGAAUAUUACAUAAUAUCUGCUACGAGUAUGAUAAAUAGUGUUUGUAUGUAUCAGCAUAUGUUUGAACGUGGUUAUAACGAGUAGAUGCACACAAUGAGUGUUACAUUCCUAACGGAGAGUGCUUUGAUUAAAAAAUAAUUAUUUUACAUCACUCACACCAUUAUGUAAUGUCAUCCAAAUUCAUUGUUUUUUUCAAUUACAUGAAAUAUCAGUGAUGUUUUAUUCAAACUGACAAUAUUUUGGUUGUUUGUUUGGAGGAAGGAAAACUUCCCGCAUUCUUUUUCUUUCAUUGUUGGAAAAAAAGUGGAAAUGUAGGAAUAUCAACUUUCUUUUUCCUACUCAUCACAUUUAGCAUUAGGUAUAUAGAUAUGUUUUGAAGAAGCACGCUUUUACAAGAGGAUUUAUGAAUUUUGCACGUGAUGUCUUAAGUCAGAAAUGACCUUCAUCUUACUCUUACCCCUCCAGCCCACUUUUUAAGAACUUGCUUCCUACAUUUUCUGAUGCUUUGGAUUUCCGCUGGGGGAUUCUUACAAUAUGUAAAAAAAAAACAAAAAAAAAACCAGACUUAACAAUGAUUAAGAAUGUAAAACAGCCCACAGGUACUUGCAUUCCUUGUUAUUCUGUGGGUCUUGUGUACCUUUUUGCGUCUGCAAUAUUUUCAGUUGUGAGUUUACUGACAUGUAGUUACCUACAGUGCCAGCUAAUAUUAAGAGAAACGAUUACAUAUUAUAAUUAAUGAGUAGAGGAGUGCGGACAAAACUGUGCCAAUCUUUGAUAUUAGCAGACUGAAACAAAACUUGAAAGUCUGAAUACACAGAAAAGGCUACAAAUGAGGUUUGGGGAAAGUCAAGAAUGUGAGAUGAAGGUUUUAUAUGUAUUGUUUGUGUUGCUUAGCCUUUUUCUUUCAUGGUGUCAUAUUUGACUCGUCUUGCAUGAAUACUGUAUAUCUGCACUUAUUUAAUAGAUUGUACUGUAUGAACCUGAAUGUAAAUAUUAUACUCUAGGCUGCUUCUCAGCCAAGGGUCAAAGUGCUACCAGUUUGUAUUCAGGUGCGUGCAUGUGAGUGCCAUGAUAUAUGUACAUUUGAGGAAUAGAAAAUGUUGUCCAAAAGGAAUAGCUACUUGUUUUGCUUCCCUAUAUUCAUAAUGACUGAAGAUGAGAGAAUGAAUUUGACUUUAACGUUUAUGCUUACAUGUUAGUGCACUUAUUGAUAUUAUUUUUAAACAAUGAGUUAAAUUUUAUUUUGUGGUUCUGUUAUGUGUGCCAAAAGAAUAUAAAUUCGAUAUGUGAAUAUUUAUUGCUUCUGAUCAAUUAAAGUGUCCUUGCAGUGA